GGGCCCUCCGUGAGUCGCUCCUUGAGCCGAGCGAGCGACCUGACCAAGACGACCCACUCCGGCCUGAGCCAGGUCCAAGUGAACGAGCUGACCUUCUUCCCCCCGGGCCAGAAGCCCCCGCCCCACCCCGACAUCCUCCCCGGCACCGCGGACGAGAUCAGCCCCUACGCCAUGUUCCCCAUCCCCGUGAAGGACGAUCCGAGGCGGAAGGCGAAGUGGAAGCAGACCGCCUCCCUGCCGAGGAAGAGCGCGCCGGAGCUGCAUCCGCUGGCGACCAUGCACCACGAGGCGCAGUUCACCUCCAGGGAGACCCUCAAGCUGGACGAAUGCGCGCCGUUGCGGACGGGAACCGGCACCGGCCGACCCAAGUCCUCCUACCACCGGCGACCUCCCGCCUUCGCCGGCGACGGACGGCGACCCCCCGCCUUCGACGACGACGGGGAAUCCCCCGAGCCGGAUUCCGAGGAUUCCCUCCCCAACACCCGGCACACCCCGCCCGCUGCUCCUCGUCCGCGAGAUCGCAAAAGGGAAUCGCCCGGCCGACCUGUCAGUUACCAACAGCACCACUAUCCCCGGAAGGCCAGGUCGAGGAGGAGCGCGGACCCGGUGGGCCCGGUGGGCCCUGUGGGCCCCGUGGACUCGGUCGACGCCGCGGACACCGUCGACCGCAUCAAGGCUCAAAUCAACGCUUCCUCCCGUCAUCAAGGAACUCUCACCACCAACGAAUUCACGAUCUCGGUGUGAUUUCUCACUGUUGGACUCGCUUUGUGGAAUACAUAUAGGAACUUUGAACACGAAUCGAUCCGGAGUUCAAAGGGAAAUUUAAAGGGAAAUUUAAAGGGAAG